UUCAACAAGAUCGAAAAAUUAGAACCCGGGGUAUUUAGCGAUCUGAGAAGUCUCGAGCGACUGUUCCUGCACAACAACAGGAUACAGAAGAUACCAGCUGGCGCAUUCAAGAACUUGGGAGCACUGAAACGACUGCGGCUGGACAGCAACGCGCUGGUUUGCGACUGCAGCCUGCUAUGGCUCGCCCAGAUGCUGCGAGGUCUGCUGAACAGCACCCAUGCCGCAGCCACCUGCCAGUUCCCCACCAGGAUGCAGGGGCGGCAGCUCGCCGACAUGUCCAUGUCGGAUCUACACUGCCAGAAGCCGCGCAUCACGGAAGACCCACACGACGUGGAAGUGUCGUUCGGAGGGACAGUGUUUUUCACCUGCAAAGCAGAGGGCGACCCGCAGCCGGAAAUCGUCUGGAUGAAGGACAGCAACGAGGUGAACCUGGACGAGCCGCGCUACUCGAAGCUGUCGGACGGCACGCUGAUGAUCGAGAACGCCGGCCACAGCGACAUGGGCGUCUACGAGUGCAUGGCCAAGAGCCCGGCGGGCGAGGCGCGCUCGAGGGCGGCGCGCAUGCUGCACGACCCUGCCAACGCGAAGCCGUACUUCCGGCGCACGCCGCUGGACCAGACGACGCAGGUGGGAGGCACGGUCACCCUGUACUGUGCGGCUGCCGGGCACCCCGCCCCGGAGGUCACGUGGACCAGGGACGACAUCGCCAUCACGCCCUCUGACAGGUUCCAGUUGGAGAGUGACGGGACCCUGACGGUGACCAAUAUCCAGCGGGAAGAUGGCGGCAGCUACAGGUGUACCGCCUCCAACUACAUCGGUCGCGUCAGCACCGUCGCUGAGAUCAAAGUAAACGUUGCGCCGUCGUUCACCACGCGGCCGGACAACCUGACCAUCAAGAGCGGCGCGCACGCAGAGUUCCGCUGCGUGGCCGACGGGUCGCCCGUCUACACGUGGUACCGCGACGGCCGCGGCAUCAGCCCAGCCAACAGGAUCUCCAUCUUUAGCGGAGGUCAGGUGCUGCGCGUGGAGCACGCCAAGGAGAGCGACUCCGGCGUGUACGUGUGCCGCGCACAGAACGAGGCGGGCAGCUCGGAGUCGGCUGCGCGGCUCACGGUGACGCCCUACACCUACCUGUCGGCACCGGCGCCCACGACGCCCCCGCAGCUGGCGGGCCCCACAACCGCUUCCGGCUCCGGCGAGGCGCCGCGGCUGCUGGUGGCGCCUUACGACAUGGAGGCGGCCACGGGCGGAACCCUGGAGCUGCCCUGCCGCGCGCAGGGCCGGCCGCGGCCCGUCAUCAGCUGGACGCGCGACGGGCGGCCCAUCCCGCAACUGCCAAAGUACAGGGUGUCACCGUUCGGCAGCCUGUACGUCCACAACCUGUCCCAGAGCGACGCGGGGGUCUACCAGUGCAGGGCCGACAACCUUCACGGCCACAUCGAGGCGCACGGCCGACUCAGCAUCAAGGGCUCGAUCGGCCCCGGCGACCGCUUCGUGCGCGUGGCGUUCCGGGAGGCGUCGGCGGCGGUGGACCGCGCCGUCAACGACACGCUGACUCGCCUGCUGACGCCGACGCCGGGCAAGUCGGCGCCGCCGCACGAGCUGUUCCGCCUGCUGCGCUUCCCGGACGCCGCGGCGCGCAGCGUCGCCCGCGCCGCCGAGGUCUACGAGACGACGCUUGUCAACAUCCGCAAGCACGUCGAGGCCGGCAUGAAGAUCAACCUCACCACCGACUUCUCGUACAAGGAGCUGCUGUCCCCCGGGCAGCUGGAACUGAUCGCCAACCUGUCUGGCUGCAUGGCGCACCGGCCCGUCGUCAACUGCUCGGACAUGUGCUUCCACAGCAAGUACCGCUCCAUAGACGGCACGUGCAACAACCUGGAGCACCCCAUGUGGGGGGCCUCCCUCACCGCCUUCCGCCGCCUGCAGCACCCCAUCUACGAGAACGGCUUCAGUACUCCUGUCGGUUGGAAGAAAACGACGCUGUACAACGGCUUCCCGAAGCCUAGCGCGCGCCUCGUCUCCACGAAACUGAUCAGCACGGACACCAUCACUCCUGACGAGCGCCUCACCCACAUGCUGAUGCAGUGGGGGCAGUUCCUCGACCACGAUCUCGACCACGCAAUUCCAGCGGUGAGCAGCGAGAGCUGGGACGGCAUCGACUGUAAGAGGUCCUGCGACUUCGCGCCGCCCUGUUUCCCCAUGGAGGUGCCGCCGGACGACCCUCGCAUCCGCAACCGGCGCUGCAUCGACUUCGUCCGCAGCAGCGCCAUCUGCGGCUCCGGGCAGACGUCCGUCUUCUUCGACUCAGUCAUGCCCAGGGAGCAGAUCAACCAGCUCACCUCCUACAUCGACGCCUCGCAGGUGUACGGCUUCUCGGAGGCGGUGGCGCGCGACCUACGCGACUUCCUGCGCGGCAACUUCGGCAUGCUGCGGGAGGGAGUGAAGCUGCCCAACCGCAAGCCGCUGCUGCCGCUGGCCGACCGACAGCCCAACGACUGCCGGCGCGACCUGUCCGAGAGCGACAUCGGCUGCUUCAUCGCCGGCGACAUCCGAUCCAACGAGCAGCUCGGCCUGCUGGCCAUGCACACCAUCUGGUUCCGCGAGCACAACCGCAUCGCCACCAGGCUGCGACAGCUCAACCCGCACUGGGACGGUGACACCGUCUACCACGAGGCGCGCAAGAUCGUGGGUGGCGAGGUGCAGCACAUCACGUACAAGCACUGGCUGCCGCAUAUCCUGGGGCCGCAGGGCAUGGCCAUGCUGGGCGAGUACCGCGGCUACGACCCAAACCUCGAGGCCACCAUCAGCAACGUGUUCGCCACCGCCGCGCUGCGCUUCGGACACUCGCUCAUCAACCCGGUGCUCUACCGCCUCAACGCCACCUUCCAGCCCAUCCCCGAAGGGCACGUGCCGCUGUCGAAGGCGUUCUUCGCGCCGUGGCGGCUGGUGGAAGAGGGCGGCGUGGACCCGCUGAUGCGCGGCCUCUUCUACGUGCCGGCCAAGCUGAAGGUGCCCGGCCAGACGCUCAACACGGAGCUCACCGAGCACCUGUUCGAGGUGGCGCACGCCGUCGCGCUCGACCUGGCCGCUAUGAACGUGCAGCGCUCGCGCGACCACGGCAUCCCGCACUACAACAGCUGGCGCCGCUUCUGCAACCUCUCCGAGGCGCACACCUUCGACGACCUGCGGCACGAGAUCAGCAACCAGCAAGUUCGCGACCAGCUGCAGCGCAUCUACGGUCAUCCAGGUAACAUCGACGUGUGGGUGGGUGGCAUCCUGGAGGACCUGUCUGAGGGCGCCAAGGUGGGCCCCACGUUCCGCUGCCUGCUUGUCGAACAGUUCCGGCGCCUUCGUGACGGCGAUAGAUUCUUCUACGAGAACCCGGGCGUCUUCAAGCCGGAGCAGCUGACGCAGAUCCGGCAGGCGUCACUGGCGCGGGUGCUGUGCGACAACGGGGACGCCAUCGAGGACAUCACGCGGGACGUGUUCGUGCUGCCCGACCGCCAGGGCGGCCUGCUCAAGUGCAGCGCGCUGCCCAGCGUGCAGCUGAUCGCGUGGUCCGACUGCUGCCCCGAGUGCCAGGAGCGCAGCAACACCAUCUCGCGCCGCUUCCGGCGCUCAGCAGAGCACUCCUACCCAGAGGACCGCCCCGUCGCCUCCACCACACCUCUGCCACCAUCUUCGCAGUCCGAGGCCGAUGGCGGCUGGGUCAACUCCUCCAUGGGGGCCACGUCGGCGACGCCCACCACAGCAGCCGUCACCGCCGCCACCACCGACGCCAGCUUCCGUGACAACCAGAUAGAGGUGGAUGCUGAGGAGGUGGGCGAAGAGCGCCUGGAGGGCAUCGAGAGCGCGCUGGAGGAGUUCCAGCGCACCAUCAAGCAGCUGCGGCGCAAACUGCGCAAGCUGGAGCACCACUGUCAGGCUGCGGGCGGUGGCGGAGGCGGCGGCGGGGGCGGUGGGGGCGGCAAGCGCGCCGGCACCUCCAAGUGCGUCGACAACGACGGCCGCUGGCGCAAGAACAACGAGGUCUGGAAGCGUGACGACUGCACGGACUGCGUCUGCAAGGAGCACCAGAUAACGUGCACCACUAUCAAGUGCGCCCCGACGACGUGCGCAGCCCCGGUGCACCACGAAGGCGAGUGCUGCCCGACGUGCGCAUAGCUCGCGGCGGAGGCGGCCGGCCGCGGCGGGCGUCGACGCCGGGACCGCAGAUCGGCCGACGGCGGGUCCGCCCCCGACCCAGCCGCAGCGGCGCUCAAGAAGCGGCGCCGCCCCCGCAGGACCAGGCGCGCCGGCCGCCUCUAAAGCGACGCCCGGUCCACCUGUGACGUCACGCGUCUCUCUGCAUCGAGGCGGGAACCUCUGGACUCCGCUGAGGAACGCCUCCCAUACAAAAGCCGACUGCAGCCAAGAAUGACAGCCUCACUGUGACGUCGAGGAAGUGUCGACAACGAAUUCAGCGUUGCUACUCUCAGGCAGCUAACAACCUACUAGGCACCCUGUAGACCUUUCCCUCUCAUCGUAAGUAUAGUAUUAGGGCAAAUGGAGGGUCGGCCGCUGUAACAUUUUGUGUCCUCGAAAGUAACCAAACAUUUCGCUCAAAAGUCAUCGUUCGUAUGUACAAACUACACAUACUUCUUUGAGGUUGUAAACGUUUUCCGGAGUAUCAUCAUAUCUUGAUACAAAGUUCAUUGCCGACGUACCGCUAUCAGUUUUACUUGAACUUGCGUACUGCAGAUAACAAGCUGGAUGCCCCAAGGGGUUUCUAGCAAUUUUCAUUUCGUUAGGGGAUUGGACGUUAGCUUUUUCCGUGAAACAUUAUUAUAAAUUACAUAAUUUAACAACAUUUUUCAUCACAAUAUUUCUUACAUGUACCUCUGCAACAUUUUACUGUCAGAAAACCACUAGGAUAACACUUCAGAGAUGUAUCCUAAAAAUGACUAAUUUAAAAAAAGAAAAUACCUUUCUUUGCUGAAGCAGUGGCAAACGGAACUGUUUUCUACCUAACGCAUUAAUUUCGGUUUCAAAGUCCUAUUUUUAGUAAAAAAUUAUGUAAUAAUAUUUCUUCCACAAGUUUUUAAUGUUGCUGAACAAAAUCAGUUUUGUUCUGUUAUAGUCAUUCCCUCAAUUUAUUACUCAUUAGUCUUCUGUCAGCACCGUAUGUAACUCUUUUUGCUUUCCGAAUGGUCUCACACUGGUACAGAAAACUACUGAUAAGCUCACUCAGUAUUUCUUCCACACGUCUUUGUCUUAGGUACUUCAUUACACAUAAACAUCAUUGCACCCACUGUUAAUCUACUUUCCUACAUGCCUGCUUUCACUCAAAAUUAGGCCACACCGAAGGUAGUGAAAAUUCAACGUUUCAGACUCUCUAACUCACAAGAAAUUUGUUUUUCCACAUGGUUUAUGAAUCAAAUACACCUGCCCGCGAUUAACUGAAGACGUUCGUCAUCUGCAGUAAUUGCUUCACCAUCGUUAUGUUCAUCAUCGUACUGCAUCAGAGUGGCGGUUACUAAACAGUGUGGAUGAAAAUUUUCAGCACUAGUGGACAACUGUGUCACGGUUUGUUUACCAAAUACACUUUAGAUUAAUUUCUAUAUCUAAAUCACAGUGUUACUCCAAGCGGUCCUCUGAAUGCAAAUGGUAAAGUCGGCUGCGAUUCAAACAGACUAUGUACUGUACAAUUUCAUGUACGUUUACAGCUCUUGCAACCGAUACUGUAUUAUGGAUCACCGUUGUUGUCGGCAGGGAUGGCGUCGCCUUUUUGUAUCCAGUGUGCGGCUCCUGUUGUCUGCUAGAAUGAAGUAAAUAGUGGCGUUCACAAAUAAUUGUACCCAGGGUCUCACAUAUGGGCCGAAGGCAGGUUAUUCUCUGGGAUCUGCCAAUACACUAAACAGAAAUAGCACAAAACAGAACUGUGAGCGCUCGUCGCCCAGUAUACUUUUUAUUGAUUCUGAGUGUUUUUUGAAACUAAUUGUUCUCUUUAAAUGUUGUCUUUUAAGAAGAAAGUCUCUAUCACACUAGGAAGAUAUAUAUAUAUAUAUAUAUAUAUAUAUAUAUAUAUAUAUAAAACAUGAGAUAUAUGCAUGGUUUUUUCUUUUUAAUCUACGGUAGCUUUUUUGUGUGUGCCAAAACUACUCGCUGCUUUCGAACGGUAGAGGGCGUGCCUAGUUUGUAUUGGAGCCUGACACAGCCCUGUGGGGCUCGGCGUGGGCUCUCAAAUGCUCUGGACACGCCAUUUCUUGCGUCGGGUGGCCGCCCACAGUCGCAUGUGGAGAGGAACCCCGAUCGCUUUUUCUGAAGAAAGUAAUUUAGUUGUACAUGUACUUAGUUGACACUGAGAUACUCUAAGAGUAGCGUUCACUCACAAUUUUCAAUUUUUUCUGCCCUAAUUGGUAGGCUACAUACGGUUAAUCCACUUGAUGUUACUGUGUCCUGUUUUAAUAUUGUUCUCAGUAUUUAUUUUUAGCGCUUCUCCCCGUCGCGAUUUUCCAUGUAAUUUUUUCUAUGUGAAAUAUUUUAUAUUCUUAUGGUUAGUAUUGUAUUUACUGUUAUUACGAUAAUUAUUAUUAUUUGCGAAUGUUGUUGAGUCUGCGAAGGUCUGUAUCAGACCCCCUCAACAGAAUCCACUGCCAUGACCACGGAUCAAAGUAGAGAAUUGUUUUAAAAUCUUUUACUUCGCCCUUUCCUUUCAUUAAUACUUCCACUCACACAUUGUCCCACUUACUACUGUACUAUGUGCAUGUAUCAUUAAGUGGUUAGCAGUAACCACAAUGUAAAUUAUGCUUACUGUUUGUGAAACAAUAGUGAUACGUGCAGAAUGAUGUAAUUGAUGUAUAUUUUAUCUAGAUGUAAUACACAAUUUGUUGGUUAAGCUAGUGAUUAAUGAAUAAAGAUAUUUGAAAUUGUUA